AUGGCUCAUCCUUCUGAUAGUGAUGCUUGGAAACACUUGGACAAGACCUUUCCAGAAUUAGCCUCAGAACCUAGAAAUGUGAGACUUGGAUUGUGCACCGACGGAUUUGAUCCUCACGAACUUAAGCAAUUGUGGGAUGUUGGGGCAAACACCUUUGAUCUUUCUAAGCAGCAAAACUUCACUAUGCGGGCUGCCGUACUUUGGACCAUUAGCGACUUUCCAGCAUAUGGUAUGCUAUCUGGAUGGUCAACUGCUGGUAAGAAGGCAUGUCCGUACUGGUUAGACAAAUCCAAGGCUUUCUGGCUUGAUCAUGGUGGCAAAGUUUUGUGGUUUGAUUGUCACCGACAAUUUCUUGAUCUAGAUCACCCAUUUCGAAAAAGCAAAAUAGCUUUUUGUAGGAACAGAGUUGAAAAGGGGUCACCACCGCAUAUUAUGUCUGGGCUAGAAUUAUGGGAAUGUGUUAAGGACCUGGCAAAGGCAACUGAUGGUCCUGCUGCUUUGAAAUUGCUUAAAAAGGCCAAAAAAGGUUGGUUUAAGCAAAGCACUCUUUGGGAGCUUCCUUAUUGGAAGCACUUGCUUAUACGUCACAAUCUAGAUAUCAGUGCUCGAAGAGACAUUGCAAAAUACUGCAAGAGACCUGGACUUCAUGUUGUAACUGAUGAAAGAGGUAAAGAGACCAAACCGAAGGAACCAUUUGCCCUCGACAAGUCUCAGAAAAAGGUCCUGUGCAAAUGGAUUCGAGAGUUACGGUUUCCUGAUGGGUACACUUCUAAUUUGAGUAGAUGUGUCGAUAUGCAAGCAUGUAGACUUCAUGGCUUGAAAAGCCAUGACUGCCAUGUGUUCAUGGAAAGAUUGCUUCCGGUAGCUUUGAAAGAGUUGCUCCCUGUCCAUGUUUGGAAAUCUAUUACUGAAAUUAGCCAAUUUUUCCGAGAUUUGUGUUGCUCCACUAUAACACAUACUGACAUGGAACGUCUGCAAAACAACAUUGCUGAGAUUCUUUGCAAACUUGAAAAGAUCUUCCCCCUGCUUUCUUCAACUCUAUGGAGCACUUGCCUAUUCACCUUCCAUACGAGGUUCUUGAAUAAUUUGAAACGCAAAAUUGGUAACAAGGCUAGAGUAGAAGGAUCUAUAUGCAACGCGUACCUUACGGAGGAAAUUGCAAACGUUUUCUCUAAUUAUUUCCAAGAUGGUGUUGAUACCAAAACUAGGGAUCUUAGUAGAAACGCAAAUGUCGUGGUCGACACUGAGAUGGAACCUAAUAACAAAGUCCCUAAACUCUUCAAGGUUGAUUGUGGUCGUGUUCCUAAUUCUGGGGAGUUUGAGGAUCACAUUCUUCACACACAACCUAAUUUCCGUAGAGAAGAUGUGUGGCAACGAUCUGAGAAAGAGUUUCCUAAUCGGUUUCGUGAUAAGGUAAUUCGAGAUAAGCCAGCAGAUGAUAUCGUGCAAACAUUGUCAAUGCGCCCUUUUAGUCAAAUAAGGACUUGGAAGCAAAUAUUUGUAAACGGAUAUAAUUUUCAAACAGAGAUGACCGGAAGAUACAAAUCAACAAUGAACUACGGUGUUUCUGUUUCAAAUGCAGAAGGGGGUCAGUAUUUUGGGACCUUAGAGGACAUUAUUGAACUAGUUUACACAGGUCCUACUAGAUCAUAUAAGGCCAUUUUGUUUAAAUGCAAGUGGAUGGAUUCUGUCAGGGGGAUGACGGUACAUGAGGAAUACAAGAUCAUAGAUGUCAACCACACCAAGAAAUACCCCAAGUACGACCCUUUUGUGUUAUCUUAUCAGACAAAGGUCAGAUCAGUUGUUGAUGCUCCCGUGGACAUGGAAUUUUUGCAAGAAACAACUAGUGACACCACCACAACAUUAUGUGCACCAAAUGAUAUUCCGGACUAUGGUGUUGGUACUGAAGAAAUAGAUGAUGAUUCGGACAAUAAGGAUUUGGUUCAAGAAGGUUCAUUCUCCAGCGAUGAUGAGGCAGAGUUUGAUUCAAGUGAUAGUGAGGAUGGCGAGGAUGAUUGCAUUUGGUUAUCGAAUACUGAUGAUGAGGACAGUGAUGAUGAUGAAUGA